UAUCACCACUGCGCUACUUGAGACAACUGAAAAGUGAAAUAAAAAGCUAUUCAAACCGAUACCAGCUAAGUAUUCGUACUCGCGAUGGUUUCGCAGCAAAUGGUAUACGCGGCGGCGGUGCCCGUGGGCGUGGUUUUGGCUAUUGGACUGAUACGUAAAUGGAGGUCCAGUAAAUGGGGGAAGUGCUUAAGUAACACUUGUUUGAGGGGUAAAACGUUUCUAAUUACGGGUGCGAACAGCGGGAUAGGGUUCGAGACGGCCAAGGCGCUGGUGAGGCGGAAGGCUAGGGUGAUCUUCGCGUGCAGGGACAUCGCGAAGGCCAAGGAGGCGAUCACGCAAAUAAGGAAAGCGCAGCCGACCGGCGGCGAACUGAUCCCCAUGCAGUUGGAUCUCACAUCCUUUGAAUCUAUUGAGAACUUCGUAGAAGUAGUGAAAGCCGGCUUCUACAAGAUUGACGUGUUGAUCAACAACGCAGGGGUUGCGACUCCGUUGAACCUCGGUCUGAAGACUAAGGAGGGCUUCGAGAUUAACAUUGGUGUUAACCAUGUUGGGCACUUCUAUCUUACUAAUCUGCUGUUGGAUCAUUUGAAACGGGCAGCUCCAAGCAGAAUCGUGAUCCUGUCGUCCACGCUACACGAGAAAGGGAAUAUCAACUUUAAUGACUUGAACUUAAAGCAGGAAUCUGAAUUGGCUGUCCAGGGCAAGCUGAAAGGCCGCCACAACCCUGGCUACUGCAACUCCAAGCUCAUGAACGCGUACUUCGGCCGCGCCCUGGCUGACAAGCUCAAGGAUUCAGGAGUUGACGUGCACACCGUGUGCCCAGGGUUCUGCUACACUAAUCUGUUCAGAGAUUCACUGAGAUGGUAUCACUACAUUGUGAUGGCGCCUAUCGCUUUGCUGUUCAUGAGAUCAUCUCAGCAGGGUUCAGAGACGGUCGUAUUCUGCGCAACCGACUACAGCAUAGAGGGAAAAACCGGCAAGUUCUACCGCGACUGCGUCGAGUACACCUCCAAAUACCCCUUCGACAAGGAGGUCGAGACCAAACUGUGGCAGGCCACCGAGGACAUGGUCAAGGCCAGGAGGCCCUUGUGAGACCAAACACCCUCGCGGCCAAACACCCAACCAAUCACGGAGUCGCACACACCCACCACUCAAACCGCCCAACGCCCGCAGGACUUAAACAUUCGACCGCCGCCUCCCGUCAAACUUAAGCGUCAAGAGAAGCCUAAAGAGACCCGGAAGCCCGAGAGGCCUAAGCCGUGGCAGGAGAAGAAGACCGAGUCGCGGCAGCGGCAGGAGCGGAAGACUCAAGCCGGCCCGAGUCGGCCGAAACGGCAGGCGCCGGGGCAGUCCACGUCGAAGAAAAACUAAAGUAAUGAGGUAUACUCUCACGUGCGAUUCCCACCGAUAGGCUGGAGUCGGGCCGCGCAGGAGCGCAUUUUCAACGUGCCUAUACAUUAUGUAUGGCAGAAGCGAUGUGAAAUGCGCGCCGACUCCGCCCGUUCGGUGGGAAUCGUACAUUAUGUAAUCCUAUAUUUAAUUACACAAACGGGUCUACCGCGAUAUAAUUUCAUUGUUUUUACCUUUAAUUCCGACGUUUCAGCUGAGUUGCACCAGCUGUGGUUACGGAAAGACUGACGUCCCAACAAAUGUCAACAGAAAAGGAAUUAUAGGUAAAAACAAUGAAAUUAUAUCGCGGUAGACCCGUUUGUGUAAUUAAAUAUGUGUACAAAACGCGAGAGUUUAAAGUGUUAUAUUAUGUAAUCCUUUCGAAUAAUAACAUAUAGACGGUCAAGCAAAUCUUGUCAGUAGAAAAAGGCGCGAAAUUCAAAUUUUCUAUGAACCGAUAUCCCUUCGCGCCUACAUUUUUCAAAUUUGCCGCCUUUUUCUACUGACAAGAGCUGCUUGACCAACUAUAAAUAAUACGAAAAAAUCUACGACGGAAGAAUUGUGGUUGUUUUGACAAAUUGUGAGGAAUAAUUUUGAAAUAUACCUAUAAUACUUAUUGUUGAUCGAACUGAAACAUCGAGUUUAAAAUCCAAAAACAUAACCAAAGAUAUUUAGUAAAGAUGUGUCUAAAUGAAUUACCAAUUAUUUAUGAUGUAUUUAUCCCAAAACACUUUUGUUAUCAUCUAUUGGUAUUAUUUUUGGAGGUGACAGUCUCUUAAGUAGAAAUGCUAAGCUGGAAGAAUUUGGUAUAUCGAUCCGCCAUUUCUUAUAUCUAUUGCACGCAUUUAAUUAUAUUCUCCUGCCCCGCUCACACAGUGAGCAGCGAGACAGCAAUAUAAUUGCGCGCGUGCGACAGAGAUGGAAAAUAGCGGGUCAAUGUAUGACAUUCCUCGUGCAUAGCGUCCUUUUUUUUAUUAAUAAUACCUUCUAUAAGAUUCCGUGUUGGUGUCAUGGUGUAAACCCCUUAGUGAAUCUGUUUAGUCAUUAGGAAACAUCUAGCACAAUACCUAUUGCAUGUUUGUCCUUAUAAAUAGAUGUUCGGUAGCAUCAAAUAUUUAACAUGAAAAAUAGUUCGAGUAUCUGCAGAAAUCCUACCCUUAGGAAUAAUAAAAUAGUCUUAAUUUGAAAAAAAAUAAACGAUAAAGACGAUUAUCGAUCAGGGCCUGUGAAAUUAUUCCACCUUGUAUAUUAUUUUCAUUAAGCUUAUCUUGUGAUGGAUAAGUGAAAAUCGAAAUAGUUUGUAUCAUAUUUGAUACAUGGGCUCAUUUCUUAUAGUACCACUUGGGUAACAUUUCACAACGAAUAUUGCGUUAGGUAACUUUUAAGGUUCCGUCACACAG